CAUGGGGUCGCAUGCACUAGCAUGUAUGUGUGAGCAAUGUUGUUAGCUGUCAGCGCUGUGCAGACGUAUCUAUUUUUAGCGCAGCUUGCGUUGCGAGCUUGGUGCAUACAUGUGCAAAGAGCAUUGAUCGAGCUGCCUAUGUGCGGCCGACAUUGCAGAUAAAAACACCGCCAUUUACGCUCUUGCUUGCUUGGAUACGGCAUAUGAUACAUGUAGGCCCUAUAGACCACUACCAGUCAUCAGGACAACGUUCUGACUGGAGUAAGUGUUUUGAGAAUCUACGGAACGCGUUUGUUAGCGUUAAAUUGUCAGCUAAUUAUAGUCACUCGGAAAAGUGAUGGCAACGUUUGGAGUGAAACGGAGAGCCGAGUGCACGCUGCAGGAGCUGUUGCAUCAAUACAGACUCGAACAUUAUGGUCACCAUUUCAAAGACCUUGGAGUCAGUUGUCUUCAGGAUUUCAGCGAUGUCUUGGAUGAAGAUCUUGACAACAUGGGAUUGACAAAGGUAGAGAAGAACCGCUUCAAAAGAUUGGUCCACACAGCAGAAACCAUCCCAGACUCUCCUGCACUCGCCCACUCCACCAGACACGAGUUCCAGAACAUUGCCACGGCUAAAUUGCACCGUUCUGCCAAACCGGCAAGCCCUGGCAGUGGAGCAGUAUCCAGCACUGGGCAGUCUCACUGUGGAGCGGUCUACGAUGCCUCGGGCUCACGACAAACAAUGUAUGCAAACAGUCCACCACCUGGUCAUUCUGCAGCGCACAUGACACAUGGUGCUUCAGGCCACCAGUUUGUUGUCCAAGGAAUGACUGCUUCCAUGCAACCGUCAAACACGGUACACAUGGCUGCCAAUGCUAAAUGCACAUCACCGCAGUCGCCGCACGUUGCCACACACCAACUUACGGAGACUGCAAGCUUGUUUUCCUCGCCCGAGCCUUGCGCAGAGUAUGGCAAGCAGCCACAACAAGAUCUCAAUGGGACGAUACCACCGGUGUCACAAGAUCAAUUGGCAGGCACCAGUGGCAAUUUGAUGCACCUUUUGCCAAACAUGCGUCAGAACAAGAAUGUGGAAAUUGGAAAAGGAGUUUUCAUAACAGCCAAUCAACUUCAGUUGAUGAAGAUGAAAGGUCAUUGUAAGCCUACACUCAUGGUGCGCUCCCUGGUGGAGAUAUUGUUCACUAAGGAGGAAUUGGCCAUGCACAGCUGCAUGGGCCGAAACACAUCUGACAGCAACCGGCCUGGUCUGGAUCCACCGAAGAUCGAGGCAAUCAAAAACUGUGUGUGGUCACACAACGCUCCUCUCUCUGAGUCCGACAUUGUCUUCAUUAUUAACGACAAGUGUGCGCAAGCGAGACGCUAUUUCAAGAUGAGAGCUGAACGUCUACAUCGCCAGUCUCAAGGGUGUAGCAGUAGCCAGGAAGCAUCAAUGAUAAUAGAUCCCGUUGUCCUUUACCAGAGUGAUGACUUCUCGACGACGAUUAAGGAGGAGUCCGAGAAUGAUUACGAGAGCAGCAAUCAGGAACUGACAGAUGACUAUAGCAUCAUAGCUGUAUCACCCGGGAAACAGGACGCGAGCACUGGGAGAGAAGACGUCAUGAACUUGAUGAAAGCGGAAGGUCAAAGAUAAUUGAUUGCAAGCCAUAGUUUGUUGAUGUUUUUAAGGUAUUAAAAUGAAUCUUCAUAAUGUAGUUAAUUGUAAUUGACUAUGAUAAAGUACGAUGGAAAACAUCGUGAAAGUUUGCGAUAGUCGCAACCAAAAAGGAUGGGUGCAUUUCGUGCAACAAUUUUGCAUGAUAAUAGGGCCAGACGAACAAUAAUUUCAAAGUGACACUGCUUAUGUUUUUGCAAGUGUCGGUUUGCAUAUUUCUAUGGAUAAAAGCUAUGAAAGUAGGUAUAAUUUGGUGAUAUAAUAGUUGCAGACUAUAUAGAGAUAUUUAUUUUUGUGUGACAGUUGUGCAUUCAGUCCUCAUUUCGUUUGGCGUACGUCUGGUGUUCAUCCGUCCCUAUGGGUAUAAUACUACAAUGUUCUCGGUGACUACCAAAGACAUUGGUUUGAAACUUAAGCGUGUGUGUGUGUGUGUGCGUGCGUGCGUGCGUGCGUGCGUGCGUGCGUGCGUGCGUGUAUGUGUUCAUGUUGCUGGCACCUGCAGCACGAUUUUCUGUUGCUGUGUGGUUGGGGACCAAUGUAAUAAAUCAUUAUGAAGCAGUACUUCUAUAUAUAGUUGAUGGAAGUAAUUCAAUCGGAAAUUCGGAGAAGACUUCGUAAAUGCUUUGCCACUAGUGAACAACUCUAUUCGGUCACCUACAUUUCUACAUUACUGGUAUCAUAGAUACAUACAAACACAUGUGUUCGUAUAUAUCAGAAGUAGAUAAUAGCAGGUAGUUCCCUAUUAUCGACUUCUGGUGUAUAUCUAUGCUGGUUCUACGGUCGUGUUCGUCGCGCCCUACUUUGGAUUAGUAUCAGUGAUUUACAGAGGCUGAGGUAGGUAAAUGUGUGAAAAACAGUCUUCCUAUCCAGCUUAAUUAUACAUGUUAUCACUCCUGAUGUUAUAUUGCAUAUUGAUUCGUAAUCAUGCUGUUGCGCUGGCUUGUCUGUGCUUAUAAUGUUGUUAACUUUGUUCUAAUCAUGUAUCGCAUUCACGCAACGAGUGUAAUCAUUUUAAACAUGGAAUAUUAAAAAUGUAAAUAUGAUCACUUA